CAUUGAGACCAAUGCAGCCUGUAGCCCCAUCACCAUCCCUGUCUCCACCCACUUGUCUGAUGUUAAAUCAAGGACACGAGACAUGCUAGCUCCUCAGGGGUAAGGGCACAUUGCAUCCUACUGAUAUAUUUGCUACACCGACCAGUUCUCCUACUGCAGCGCUGUGUUAGGCAGCCAGUGGACCAUGGUUUACCUGUGGCCCAGUUAGUCUAAACUUGUAAAACCAGAAUGGUUGGUGGAUCCUGUAGUGCAUGAGACCAUGUCCUAAUCUCUAUAUACAAGGACCUGUAACCAUAUAUUGUCUCUGCAGGUUAUUGUACACCCAGCCUACAGUGUUCCCAAGUCGUACUGACGUGGUGUUCGCGAGCCCCUGGUUGGCUCCUAUUGUCUGGGAGGGCAGCUUCAACAUCGCUCUCCUCGACAGUAUCUACAAGCCCAUGAACCUCACCAUAGCAACCACAGUCUUUGCUGUAGGAAAGUGAGAGUGAUGAAGGUGCCCAGCUCCAACCGCUGGCAGGAAAUCUCAGCUCGCAGGAUGGAGAUGAUCCAGCUGCUCAUCGAGAAUACGAUCAGGGGUCAAGCAGACUACAUCUUCUGUCUGGACGUCGACUCCAAGUUCCACGCUCACUUUGGGGUGGAAGCUCUGGGUCGACUGGUCGCCACCAUACACCCUAGUUUCUGGACACUACAGCGUGACCAGUUUACAUACGAACGCCGUCCGGAGUCACGGGCCUACAUUCCCUUGGGGGAGGGAGACUUCUACUACGGAGGUGCUGUCUUUGGAGGACUGCUGGAGGAUGUCCGCGCCAUGACAAAGACCUGCAGUCAGAAUUUUGAGGCGGACACGGCCAAUGGGAUCGAGGCAGCGUGGCAAGAAGAGAGCCACCUGAACAGGUACUUCCUGUAUAACAAGCCGUCCAAGUUACUGUCGCCUGAGUACCUGUGGAUGGACGUAGCUGGCUGGAACAAGGAGAUAAAGUUGGUUCGUUUCUCAGGGGUGGAAAAGAACUACGCAGAGAUCCGCCCAAACUGAGGACAGAUGUGAUCAGGGACGUGUUUCUAUAUCCCAGCAAAAAAACAUCUUUAAGUCUGUAACAUAAUGUUGUAUUUCAGUUGUCAUGUGAUUGCUCAUUUGAUGUGUUUUGAUUUUAGUAGUGUUGGAGAAAUUGAAGAUGUAACACAUUUAUCCUGUAUAAGAAUGAUUCUGUGUUCAGCAUUCCUUGUGUGUAGGGAGAAGCCUACCCCCAAAUCUGGACUUUGGGUAACAUGAGGCAUACGUAAACAAGGUGACCUGGGCUGACCACUCUCUCUUACUGGAGAGGCCAUAAAAGAUGUCUGGCCUUAUCUGUGUUGGGUGAAUCAUGUGGUCAAGCUUACAGGGGUCAAAAGGCACACACACGCACACACUCAAGCACGCACACACUCAAACACGCACGCACACACGUGCGCGCCAGGUCUAUGCAAGGAGCCAAUGAAGAAGAGCAAUGGAACAUUUGCAUGCCUUUGUCUUAACCAAUGACUGUAAAGGGCGGUUCUGCUUAAAUAGCUAGCUAGCGCAACAUGCUAGCGGACAAACUUGUAGCACAAUGGGGUGUGAUGUUUUUGUCUCCUUGUGGGCCGGCCACAAGCAAUAAAGCUUUCUUAAACUUGUUCACCGACUGACUGUGCAAUGCUUGAUAGAUUAAUAUUUUUGACAAGUAGCCAUAUAGUGUUCUUGUCAUUGUUUAGAUGUUUUGGGGUUUCACAGUUGUUCUAUAUUGAUUGUCUUGUACAGCCGUGGCCAAACGCAUUUGGAGCGACUGCUAACAUAAUUUACAUUUAGUCAUUUAGCAGACGCUCCAAUCCAGAGACACUUACAACAAGUACAGGGACAUUCCCCCAGGCAAGUAGGGUGAAGUGCCUUGUCCAAGGACACAACGUAAUUUGGCACGGACGGGAAUUGAACCGGCAAUCCUCAGAUUACUAACCCGAUAACACAUCCUGCACUGAUCAAAUGCAACUUGUUUUUCUCUGUAAAGAACACGAUUUUAAGUAUUUUGGUCAAGACUUGUAACUGUUUUAAAUUAUUGUACUCUCUGUGAACUAUAUUGUUAUUGCUUGCUUUUCUACAGGUACAUUCUUGCAUUUUGGAGGUUCAUGUUGUUUAAUUGUAAUUUGUUUAACUGCAUGCUCUUGUGGUUCAGAGCAUUGAAGGACAGUCUUCAUCUAGUGGAGGUGUUAAAUUUGACUAUGUUUAAUAUCAAAAUGAUAAAAUUCUUCAAUGUAUGUCAGCCAGGUUCCCUCCAUGUCUUGUGUGAAGAAAUGCUGGUCAUAUGUACAAGAAAUGUGUUUUAAAAGAAGUUUACAGCUAGGAGAUGUGAAGUCUGGGUGACCCGGAAGAGUUCUAUUCUUUUCACUUGGGGGGGGGAAGAGACAGUUGGUCUGAAGACUAUGUGGAUUCAACUGUAUUGUUCUAAAGAGUUAACCAAUAACAGAAGAGAGUUAGUAUAGCUGCAUGUCUGUAGGAUGGACCGAUGACUUUUGUGAACUGUCUUAUCUAUAAAUGGUCUGUUGAAGAAUGUUCUUGGGGGUUCAGGGCUAUCAGCUGGGUAGUGCUGGUGGGAUGGAUUCUCCCGGUUACAUUCUAGAAUGCGAGAUGGAGCUGUAUGGAAUUGUCUUUGUGUUAUUGUCUUAUGUUUGUGUGUCGAUGAUGUUAUGCUGGUAACAUUAUUAUGUUUACGUCAUACAUCAAAUAAACAUAAACUGUACUUCACCCGA